AGAGAGAGAGAGAGAGAGGCACAUAUGAUAGCAUAACAUAAGAAUCUCCGUUCAAUUUCCGCAUUUAAAAAUUCGAGAAGUUGGCUUCCUUCUACUUUCCCUCAAAAAGCCAGCGAAGCCAAGCCAAGCCAAGCCAAGCCAAGGCCUCCUCAGGUUCCCUCUAGGGUUUUACUAUCGUAUACACAUAUAUAUUUACAACAACAUUUGAUCGAUCGAUAUCUGAAAAGUAGAGAGAAGAGUUUGUAUCUUGGAAAUGGCUUUCUCUUCUUUCCUCAGAUCUACAACUCCUGCUCUCGAAGCUUCACUUUCCGAGGCCACCCUGCCAGGCCCUGCCCUCCGUUCUGCCGAUCAAUCCAAGGUGUUUUCUGUUGGUUUCAAUCGCAAUCUAAAUUCACCAAAGUUUCAGUCAAGCAUUUUUGGUGCUGUUGUUCCUGGCAAGUCAUCUCCUGUACAAAAAUGUAGUGCUAGGAGUAUGCAGCCUGCCAAAGCCAUUGCUACCGAAAUGCCUCCUACAGCCCAGAAAUCACAAAGUGGUGGGAAGACAAAGGUCGGGAUCAAUGGUUUUGGACGGAUUGGAAGGUUGGUUUUACGGAUUGCAACCUUUAGAGAUGACAUUGAAGUUGUGGCUGUCAAUGAUCCUUUUAUUGAUGCUAACUACAUGGCUUACAUGUUUAAGUAUGAUUCUACACAUGGAGUCUUUAAGGGGACCCUCAAGGUCUUGGAUGGGUCGACUUUGGAGAUCAAUGGGAAGCAGAUUAAAGUUUCAAGCAAAAGGGACCCUGCAGAGAUUCCUUGGGGUGAUUAUGGGGCUGAGUAUGUGGUUGAAUCUUCUGGGGCUUUCACAACAAUUGACAAAGCUUCAACACACAAGAAGGGUGGUGCCAAGAAGGUGGUAAUAUCCGCACCAUCAGCUGAUGCACCUAUGUUUGUGGUUGGAGUUAAUGAGACUUCAUACAAGCCAAGCAUGGAUGUUGUCUCUAAUGCAAGCUGCACAACCAAUUGUCUGGCUCCUAUUGCCAAGGUGGUUCAUGAGGAGUUUGGCAUUGUAGAGGGUCUGAUGACAACAGUACACGCAACCACAGCAACACAAAAGACCGUGGAUGGCCCUUCAAGGAAGGAUUGGAGGGGUGGCCGUGGAGCUGGACAAAAUAUCAUCCCUAGUUCAACUGGAGCUGCAAAGGCUGUUGGAAAAGUUCUUCCAGAGCUUAAUGGGAAGCUCACAGGAAUGGCCUUCCGUGUCCCAACUGCUAAUGUUUCUGUUGUGGACUUAACUUGUCGACUUGAGAAGAGUGCUUCUUAUGAAGAUGUCAAAGCUGCCAUAAAGUAUGCCUCAGAGGGGCCGCUGAACGGCAUUCUUGGAUACACCGAUGAGGAUGUUGUCUCCAAUGACUUUGUUGGUGACUCAAGGUCAAGUAUAUUCGACGCAAAGGCCGGGAUGGGUCUGAGUGCCUCUUUCAUGAAGCUUGUUUCGUGGUAUGACAAUGAGUGGGGUUACAGCAACCGAGUGUUGGACCUGAUAGAUCACAUGGCAUUGGUGGCUGCAAAUAACUAAGCGUCCUGGGAGGCUGUUGUUGCUGUCGAUGUUGUUGUUUGAGUUUUUAGAGCAUAAAACAUGAGAUUGGAGAAAGGAGUAGUUUUAUAAAUUUGAUAGUAGUGUCAUUUUUGUUGUUUGAAUGGUCGUCUGUUGUCAUCAUGUGAGCCUAUUAAAGUAGCACACCGCCAUGAAUGGGACUAGCAAAAUAUAUGAACUCGAUUCUAAGAAUAAUAAUACAUGUACGCUGCAAGGAAACUGUCAGCAGCUUCAUAUUACCAAAUGUUUCUCUUUGAAGCAGAAAUUUUUGUAAGCAAAUA